AUGCAGACUGCUUCUACAAACAGGAGCUCAGUGACUGUGCAAUAGGUCCAUCCGUGAAAUUUCCUUGCUACUAAAUAUUCCACAGUCAACUGUUAGUGGAAUUAUAACUAAGUGGAAGAAACUGAGAACAACAGCAACACAAAGUGGUAGGCCAUGUAAAAUGACAGAGCGGGGUAAGCGUAUGCUGAAACACACAUUGCGCAGAAGUCGCCAACUGUCUGCAGAGUCGAUAGCUAAAAACCUCCAAACUUUGUGUGGAAUUCAGAUUAGCACAACAACAAUGAGCAGAGAGCUUCAUGGAAUGGGUUUCAAUGGCUGAGCAACUGCAUCCAAG